UGGUUGGGCUGUUUGACGUAUCCUGGCUUUGACGAUGCGUGCCGCAUCUGCCGGGAUGGAGAGGAGUCCACCGAAACGGGUCUACUUAUCUCACCUUGUGGCUGUCGCGGCACAAUGGGUAAGGCGGCAUGGAUCAUCUCACGCGCCGCGCCUUGCCAUUCUCAUCACGUUAACGUUCCACUCCUCAUGUGUGCAGGGUUCGUCCACACAGGCUGCCUCGAGGCGUUCCGACAGCAAAAGCUGCAGACAACAGGCAAGACGAUGUGUGGUGAUCUGCAUGUGGUGUCUGAUGUGUUUGCUGGUCUGCAGGUGAGCGGCCGACCAGCUGUGAGAUCUGCAAGCGGUGAGGCACAUAGAAGAAGGAUGACCUGCUCAUCAACCUGCGCUGUUGUUUCGUGUCAGUGAGUACGACGAGUAUUGGCUGAGCGGUGCUCCACAGCAGAAGACAAGCCGAUGGGACGCCCUUUGCCAGACGGUGUGCCUGUGGGUGGUUCCAUUCGUGGCCCUGGGGGUCUUUGGCAACAUCGUCACGCUUAUUCCCACGCCAUUGGUGUUCCCCUUCGGCGGCUCAGCGUUGGUGUACUUGAUUUCCUAUCUGCUGGAGUGUCUGCUUGCCCUCCACCCACAGUGCCCCAGCGGCCGACAGCUGCACUGGGGCGUCCUUCUGCUGCUGGCAUUCUUCUUCGGGGCCAAUGGAUCGGCCUGGAGCAACCAUGAGUCCGCCCUCUUGUCUGUUUGCGGCCUUGUGGUGCUGCUACCAAUCAGCCUGAAGGCACAUGACCACUUCAGAAUGCACCGGCGGCUUCUCGCGAUACAUCGUGGCCAAGAGAUGCUGCAGCAGGCCGGGCGCCAGCAGCUGUGCGUGUUCUAUGGUUUCCUUCAGUCUUCCCACACUUUGGCGGUGGCGUGCUAUUUGUCGAGAGUGUUGGCGCUCAUAUCUGCGACCUUUGGCUGGAUCAGCUUGGCCUCGUCUCUCAUGGCAUUGAUGGCUGUGUGGCGGCAUCGGUCGUCCAUCGAACGGCACUUGGUGACCUACUUUUUGCCAGGUGAAGGGACACUAGGCUCCUCGCACAGAUCAACUGGCCGUUAUGUGUCUUCUCUCUGUCGGUCUAUGCAGCACACUACCAGUGCGCCGCCUGCAGGGCGUAAGCAGCAAAAGACCACACACAAAUUGAUAGGUAUCAGGCACUCACCUUUGUUGUGUGAUCAGCAAGCCGCCACAGGACCGCCUUUGUGCGAGGGACCCCCACUGGACGUGUUUCAGAGAUUCUCUAUGCACAGCGGCCUUAUGUUGCCUCACCUUCGUCAUCACCUCACUCCCAAUAUAUGUGAUGGUCGCCCCCGAGGCUCGGUCCUUCCCGUGGCUGGAGCUCUUCUGGCCGCUGCUGUGGCAAUGCGCCAAGCUGAUUAUCUGCGGCUCGACAUUCAUGUUCGGAGAUUUUCUGCUUGGUCGUGUUAGUGGGGGUCGAAUUCCAGAGUGGAUUCUGGUACUUCUAUUGACGCCAAUCGGCAUGUGGGUCGGCAUGACCUGCUCGGGGCUGAGGAUGGGCACGUUUGUGGCCGGUCUGACCGCCGCACGGCUCCCGGCCCUGUGUGCCGCCUUCGUUGCUGACGAUCUCGUCCUCCACGUCACUGACCCCCGCCGGGCGUGGAAACGAGCAACACAUCUGACUGAAGUCGCCUUCCAAGAAGCGAAGGCCGGAACAGCAGCAGUGGGCCUGCUGGGUGCCCUCUGUCUCACGUGUUGCCUCCUGGUAACAUAUGGUGGCCUGGUCUUCACGAUACGCGUCGCUGGUGCGGCGUGCCUGGCGAGCAUUGUGUCGGUUUGUGUUUAUGGGAUCGGCAUGUGUGUGAAGAUGUUGGUCGUGGAUGCCUAGUAUGUGAUGUGUGCAAGCCCGCAUAAGCCACUGCCGUCGACCCAAGACACUCAAGAGACAGACCUGG